CGCAGUGUCAGGUCGUGUGUUGUGAAACAUAGCUGGUUAUUCUGACAGGGAAAUUAUGUUAGCUCUGUUAUAAUAGCACUUUUUUUACAAUAGAAACGUGGUUCCGUUUAGUCACAUGUCACAGGGUUAUUGGUUGAAUUUCAGUUUAAACAUGGCAUGAGUAGCAGCAAACUACCGAGAGAAACUUAACUGUUGUUAGUAGGAACACAUCCAAGUUCGAGAGAAAAUGCUUCCAUCUGUUUGUUCCCGACUGUCCCGGGUGUCUUGGUUCUGCCAAGGACAGAGGACACUGAGUUUGUUCUCCAGCUCCGGCUCUUCAAACUGGAGCAAAGUUGUCUCCGACGCAGAGAAGAUCGUCGGAUAUCCAACCUCCUUCAUGAGCCUCCGCUGCCUGCUCAGUGAUGAACUCAGUAAUGUUGCCAUGCACGUCAGGAAGCUGGUCGGGACUCAGCACCCUUUACUCAACACUGCCAGGGGGUUUGUCUAUGACAGCAAGAACAACCUUCAGAUGAGGGGACUGGUCGUCCUCCUCUUGUCAAAAGCUGCAGGGCCGAGCCACACAGCCUCUGAUCUCCUAGCUCAGGACAUGGUCAGCGGCAUCUACCCCAGUCAGAGGAACCUGGCAGAAAUCACUGAGUUGAUCCACACGGCGUUCUUGGUGCAUCGUGGGAUAGUGGAUCUAAAGGAGUGGACAGUUUCAGACGGCCCGCUGAAGGACAUGCAGUUUGGGAAUAAGAUGGCUGUGCUGGGCGGUGACUUCCUGCUGGCGAAUGCUUGUACCGGACUGGCCCAGCUUGACAACACCAAGGUUGUGGAACUGAUCUCUAGCGCCAUUGGUGAUUUGGUUCAAGGAGUCUAUUAUGAAAAUUUCAACAACAUUGAGGAGAACGGUCUCAUCAGUGGCGUCAACGUGGCGCAGUGGGAGGAGCAGAUUUUCCUGUCGCACGGGGCGCUCCUCGCCAAGAGCUGUCAAGCUGCGAUGGAGCUCGCCGGACACGACAAGGAGUCCCAAAGACUGGCCUACAAGUAUGGCAAACACCUAUCUCUGGGCCACAAGCUGAACUCUGACCUGCAGCCGUUUGUGAAGAGCGACAUGGGAGAGCCGGUGUCGUUCAGCAUGAGCGCCGCCCCGGUGGUUUUCCACCGUCAGAUCGUCGGCCAGGAGAGGUGGCAUCAGCAGCUGCAGCAGGCGAAAACUUUAGGAAACCAAAUGGAUUACUCAAAGCUUUUGGCAGCAGUUAAGUCGGAGAAAGGCGUGAGCUCAGUGGUGGACUUGUGCUGUUACCAUAGCAACAAGGCUCUGGAGGCCAUCCAGGCUUUCCCCUCCUCCGAGGCUCGAUCUGCCUUGGAGAACAUCGCCUCCGCCAUCACCAAAUUUUGACCUGGACACACACAGACGCACACUCCCGUGCAGCUUGGAGUGUCUUUGUCUGCAGAGGACAAGACCCAUUGAACAGCUGACAUUUAAGAGACAAACGAACUUCUUUUGAUCCAGAUGCUGGUUCAUGUCUGGAGAAACUCUUCUGCUCUGUUGUGGAGUGUGCACCAGACAUUUAGUAUCUAUAAAUGGUCAUCAUUAAAUAAAAGCACAUUACUUCAGCAUCAUGUCGUGUGUUUUGUUGGCUCUGAUGCAUACCCUUCCUCUCCUGCAUGGAGAAAAUAUCACGCCAGGCUGCAUUUUAAAACCUGGCAGGUUAUUGUUACCUUGCUUAUCAGCAAAGGCACAUACCAGGCAGAACGUAAUUUAAGAUGUUUUGAAGAAUUGUUAUUGUCAUCUGGAAAAUGUGCCAUGAACAGCAAAUGAUGCACCAAGCAGUACUUAUUCUAACUAAAAUUCAUUUUUUAGAGUCGGUUCAUCCUGUUCAUGACUGCACAGCACAGAUGAUGCUGAAAUCAUAGCUGCUGGAUGUAGUGGGUGUUUGCCAAAUUAAAGAGCGGCACCAAACCAGAUGUAAAAAUGUCUCAAAGUCAUGUAGUACCAGGUAUGUACCUCUGCUGAUAAGCACAGCUGCAAAAAAGUUAGUAUUUUUUAAUGGAAUUUGGCGUGAUGCUCUCUCUACAGAGGAAACUGGCAUGAAUCAGAAGUAAUGUCAUCUGUGUUGCCUUAUUAUGUCUGUCCCCAUGCCUGUGUAUGUGAUCCAAGUCAGCCCAGGGGCGGGGAAAGGUCACCCAGCCUCUCCCCUUGGCCCAGCCAGCGAGCACAUUGAAGCUCCGCCAAGCAGUAAUUAUUAAUGAAGAGACCUGAGCAAAUGGACAGGAAAUGCAGAGGUAUUGAUUGGGCCGGCUGCCCUGCUCUAAGCCGUACAGGCUGGCGCCAGCCUGGUGGCCUGUGGUUUCCCAGGCUGCUGUCUGCGGAGAGGGGGGGGUGCAGCCAAGGUGUGAAAUCAGGCCACUGCUGGCAGCUGUCUGUCACAUCCAGGCCACACCUGAAGGACAGAGCAGCGGAGACAGGACGAGAGGAAAACAACACUGAGGGUACACCGCUAACAAAGAAGAUUUGUGUAGUUCCAGAGCACGGCAGCACGCACUGGUGACACAUCCAAACAUCUCUUUAAAGCUCCUGAAUUUGCAGAGAACGCUGGCUCUAGAGCUAUAAAUGUCUACAUUAAACUACGUAUUUGACUUGCAAGAGAGGUAUUUUACAAACUGUGAGCUUCUCUGUCAGGAAUGUGAUGAAACGAUAGAAUUGUGUUGAUGUGCCAGUGACAGCCUUUAGGGUUCAUCUUUUCAGAUAUGAGUUGCAGAUUCUAUAUGAGUGAGCUGUCUUUAGACCCUCAUCUCACACAAAAGUGGCUGAAUUACUGUGAAAUUUACAAAUGCUCAUGGUGCCCAGAGAAUAAAGUGUGAUGGCUUUUGUUGGCA